AGCGCCUGGUUUCCUUGCACUGAAACCCCGCCCCUCUCGCUUCUUCUUCUCUCUUCUUCUUCUUCUUCUUCUUCUGUGGUUGAAUCAGUGAAUCCUGACACCAUUUCUCGGUCUGGGAAUGUUGAUUUCCGCUUGCCAUUGAGGUUUAUGGUCGAUUAUAUUGUACAGCAGCUACAAAGGAUUGUUCGCUAUUCAGGAUUGUUGGAGAAGUGAGAAAUUCGGACCGUGAUUUUGUUACACACUUGCUGGGGGCGGGGUUUGGUUUUCUGAAGGGUUUUUGCGGUUAUGGAUCAACCUAAAGCUCAAGCCCCAUUUAUGGCUGGAGAGAAGGAUCCGGUGGAUUUCGUGGCUGAUCAAGAGCCGUCGUCUCAAAGCAGUGGCGGUGUGAAGACCCCUGGGAAUUUCAUGAGCUUUUACCGAAGCUCCAGCAGCGAUAAGUUGACAGGACCUGAGAUGAAAGAGGAAGGAACUGGACGAGAGGGCAAUCCGAAGGGUGGGCUGAUAAUCUCCGAGUUGGAUGGGCCCAGAGAAGGUGCUGAAAUGAACGACCUGUAUUCUCCUCAAGCUGAUGUUUCUGGCGGGGCUGUGCCGAAACAGAAUUCUAAUGGACAAGUGCCGAGCUCUGAUUUGGAUGGAAACAGAGAGGGUGCGGAAAUGAACGACUUGUACUCUCCGGCAGCUGGAGGAGGUACUUCAACAUCGGACCAACACAAUUCAUCACAGCACAUGCCGAAUAAAACGGCAGCUGGUGCCGACGAGCAUGAGCGACGAGGAGAAGAGGGCGGAAGCGCUGUCAGUCGGUCGGGCUUGGUGGAGGUCAGCAAGGGGAUGGCAAACGAGGUCGGAGAAUCUUUUGUGACUGCUCGUGCCCGCGUCAUGGAGAAAUUGUCUUUGAUGCAACUGCCAUCGGAAUCUCUUGAAGGUGUGCGCAAGACGUUUGAGACAGGCCUCAAGGGCGCGUACACUACUACCAGAGACGCCGUUCAACGCACGAAGCAAAGCAUACUUGACAUCCUGCCUUCCUCUCUCUCCUCAUCAAGCGCCACCGAAGCACGCAAGGUUGUUGAAGACAUGGAAAAGGACAUGUUGUCAAAUUCAGAGGCGGCGGGCGAAGACGAUGCAGGUCUUCCCACGUCCGAGACUGCUCCCAUGUUUAUGCGCGCCAAGUUGUGAAGGUUAUCAAUGUUGCUACCUUCUGUUGGGACAAUAAGUUUUGUGGCAACAUCUGUAGAUACUGACUAGCAAGAAGUGACACAUUCACGCUGUUAAAAGUAGGCAUUGUUAUAAAUGCUUAGUCCUACCUAACAUCGGCAUCUUACCUGCUCCUUUGAAGUAGCGGAUUAGUUGCGAGGCAGAGCGAGGUUGCAGAAGUGAGCAGAGAGACAAGCUCUGCUGAUAAGCAGAGCUAUGAUUAUGUUUUGCUUAGACCCACUGCAUCUUCGUGGUGCACUACUUAAGAGUUUUUGGUAAACUGGGUUGAACUUGAUCGUCAUCUCCUUCUUAGAUUUGAGACGGAGUUAUGAAACCAAGGUUUCAGUAAUAAAUCGAGAUGCAAUCUAUGAACACAAUAGCAACAAGCAUGAUCAAAGAAGCUAAUUACAA